AUGAAGAAUCCCAAGGACCCUCGGAGGCAGUCGAUCUUCGACCUGCCCGGGAGGUGGAUGAACACGAUGCACCUGGCGCGGAACACCCACCUGGUGGCGGAGGCACUAGCGCACUAUCUCUUCAACCUGUCGGGGUCGGAGCUGCUUUUUCCACAGGGGAAGGAGUCGAUCAAGAAGCAUUUGGAGGCGUGGAUCGGGUUUUUGGGGUCGGAGCCGAGGUCGUCGCAGUUGCUGCUCGGGCAGAGCAAUCCCGUCGUGGAAGCUCUCGCCACUUCCAUGAAGAGGUAUCUUGGUGAAGUGAAAGUGAUUUAUGCUAAAUCGGACAAGAGGGAUCCAGAAUUCCUUCUGUAUGAUACGACCCAUACCACAAUGCACGCAUACGUGGUGAAGCCGGCGAUCUUCGACCUCUUCCUCAGUGCAAUGAUAGCCGCCUACUUUGCGGCUGUGGUCCUAGUCAUCAAGGUGGCAUUUUCCCGCCUUCUUCAGUCUGCUGCAGCGUUCCCUGUCUCUACCCAAGCUGAAGGGAAACUGAAGGCGGUGCAGAAGGCGGUGCAGUUGGGUGUGCAACCUAGGGAAUGAGUCCCCCCAAAAAAAGAAUACUCCGUGUUGCUGUAAUAAAUCACCCCAUAUUCUCCCUACCGGUAUUCCAAACCCUCCAUGUCCUUCGUUGACCUUUCUUCGCUCGUCAACUACUUUUUGCAGAUGGAAACGUUUCGUACUUGUUUACUCAAUGGUAAAAUAAAGUUUCCUGUUUUACCAA